AUGUUGGACCUGUGUGUCCAGUGGCUGUCCUUGGAGGAGGACGUCAUCGAAAGAGUAACAGGGGGGUUGGGGCCGGGGUCCGGUCCGGGGUCGGGGCCGGAGCGGGCGGGCGCUAGGCCCCUGGGCCCCGCCGCGCCGGGUCACAGCUUCAGGAAGGUGACGCUCACCAAGCCCACCUUCUGCCACCUCUGCUCCGAUUUCAUCUGGGGGCUGGCCGGCAUCCUGUGUGACGUCUGCAACUUCAUGUCCCACGAGAAGUGUCUGAAGCACGUGAAGACCCCGUGUGCGAGCGUGGCGCCCAGCCUGGUCCGCGUUCCGGUGGCCCACUGCUUCGGCCCCCGGGGGCUCUACAAGCGCAGGUUCUGCGCCGUGUGCCGAAAGGGCCUGGAGGUGCCUGGGGUUCGCUGCGAAGUGUGUGAGCUGCACGUUCACCCCGACUGUGUGCCCUUCGCCUGCAGCGACUGCCGCCAGUGCCACCAGGACGGGCACCGGGACCACGACACGCACCUCCACCACUGGCGCGAGGGAAAUCUGCCCUCGGGCGCGCGCUGCGAGGUCUGCCGAAAGACUUGCUGCUCGUCCGACGUGCUGGCCGGCGUGCGCUGCGAGUGGUGCGGCGUCCAGGCCCACUCGCUCUGCUCCGCGGCUCUCGCCCCCGAGUGCACUUUCGGGCGCCUGCGCACCAUGGUGCUGCCGCCGGCGUGCGUGCGCCUGCUGUCCCGCAACUUCAGCAAGAUGCACUGCUUUCGGAUUUCCGAGAGCACGGCCCCUGAGCCCGGGGAGGGAGAAGACAGCGUGGACGGGAGCGCCCCCGCCGGCGCAGGUAGAGAGGUGAUGGCACUAGAGUCCAGCAAGCAGACUCUGAAGAUCUUUGACGGCAACGACGCGGUGCAGCGAAACCACUUUCGUGCCAUCACCGUCCCCCGUCUGGCCAAGAGUCAGGAGGUGCUGGAGGUGGCGCUGCGGGCCUACUACAUUACGGAGGACCCUCAGGGCUUCCAGCUGCAGGCGCUCCCUGCACCCGCUCUGGCUGGCGACACCGGCGCCUCGGGAAAGGCCUGGAGCGGUGGGGCCACCGAGGAGGAGGGCAGUAGAGGCCCAGGGGCCCGAGACGCUCCCAGCAUCACUCGCGUUCCCGAGGCCUGGAUCAUUCGCGCUCUGCCCCGCACCCAGGAGGUCCUGAAGAUCUACCCUGCCUGGCUCAAGGUGGGUGUGGCCUACGUGUCCAUGCGUGUGACCCCGCGGAGCACUGCCCGGACUGUGGUGCUGGAGGUCCUCCCGCUGCUUGGGCUCCAGGCCGAGGGGCUGAAGAGCUUCCAGCUGGUGGAGGUACUCAUGGGCAGCAGGCAAGUCCAGCGCACGGUGCUGGCGGACGACGAGCCCUUGCUUGACCGGCUUCGUGAGAUCCGGCAGACGUCCCUGCGGCAGAUGAGCCAGACGCGGUUCUACGUGGCUGAGAGCAGAGUGGUGGCCCCACGCGUCUCUCUGUUCGUGGGUGGUCUGCCCCCUGGCCGGUCCCCCCAGGAGUAUAGCAGUCUGCUGGACGAGGCUGUGGCCAGCAAAGCUGGCCUGGUGUCCGUGAGCCACGUCUACUCCACACAAGGUGCCGUGGUGCUGGACGUGGCCUGCUUUGCGGAGGCCGAGCGGCUGUACAUGCUGGUCAGGGACACGGCUGUGCGCGGCCGGCCGCUGACCGCCCUGGUGCUCCCGGAUGUGCUGCACCUGAAGCUGCCCCCAGACUGCCGCCCUCUGCUGGUGUUUGUGAACCCCAGAAGCGGAGGCCUCAAGGGCCGCGAACUGCUCUGCAGUUUCCGGAAGCUGCUCAACCCCCACCAGGUCUUUGAGCUGACCAACGGGGGGCCGCUGCCUGGGUUCCACGUGUUCUCCCAGGUGCCCUGCUUCCGGGUGCUGGUGUGUGGCGGGGACGGCACCGUGGGCUGGGUGCUUGCCGCCCUGGAGGAGAUGCGGCACCGCCUGGCUUGCCCAGAGCCUGCCGUGGCCAUCCUGCCCCUGGGCACAGGGAAUGACCUUGGCCGGGUCCUUCGCUGGGGGGCGGGCUACAGUGGAGAGGACCCGUUCUCCGUGCUGGUGUCGGUGGACGAGGCGGAUGCCGUGCUCGUGGACCGCUGGACCAUCCUGCUGGAUGCUCAUGAGGCCGGCGGUGGGGAGAACAGCAUGGCAGACGCAGAGCCCCCCAAGAUCGUGCACAUGAGUAACUACUGUGGGAUUGGCAUCGACGCGGAGCUAAGCCUGGACUUCCACCAGGCACGAGAGGAAGAGCCCGGCAAGUUCACGAGCAGGUUCCACAACAAGGGCGUGUACGUGCGGGCCGGGCUGCAGAAGAUGAGCCGCUCCCGCGGCCUGCACAGGGCCCUGCGGCUGCAGGCGGGGCAGCAGGAGGUGCCGCUGCCUAGCAUCGAGGGGCUCAUCUUCAUCAACAUCCCCAGCUGGGGCUCGGGGGCCGACCUGUGGGGCUCCGACAGUGACUCGAGAUUCGAGAAGCCACGCAUGGACGACGGGCUACUGGAGGUGGUGGGGGUGACGGGCGUCGUGCACAUGGGUCAGGUCCAGGGUGGGCUGCGCUCCGGCAUCCGCAUCGCCCAGGGGUCCUACUUCCGUGUCACCCUCCUCAAGGCCGCACCUGUGCAGGUGGACGGCGAGCCCUGGGUCCAGGCUCCCGGGCACAUGAUCAUCUCGGCCGCAGGCCCGAAGGUCCACAUGCUCAGGAAGGCCAAGCAGAAGCCCAGGAAGGCGGGGACCCCCAAGGAUGUGCGAGCAGAUGGGGCGCCUGCCCCUGAGGGGGACUCCAAGUAG